UUUUGAAACCGUAUCGUAUUGGCCAAAUCAGUUCCCUCGAUUUGCCCGACAGAGACGAGGGUUUGAAGAAGGGAGAUCCAUGGAGGGAAGCGAGAGCGAUGUGGUGUUUGGAGCCUUCGACGUCAAUCCGCAGCUAUUCCUCAACGAAGUACUCAACGCCGUCGACGGCAAGUCCGAUUCCGCCUUCGAUUUGUGUCUCCAGCAAGCAACAGAAAUCGUCCGCAGUGGCGCCGAUCAGUCCGAAGAGUUGGUCAGGGGUGUUUCUUCCCUUCAAUACUUGAUGAAAGGAGUUUUAGACAAGCGUAUGAGCAUGUGGGAGAAGUACUGCCUUCAAACCUGUUUUUCUGUUCCAGAUGGAUUUGUGUUGCCCAAUUCUAAAGAAUCGGUUGUCACGCUGCUUCGGGAAUGCUGCCCUGACGAUGAGCUUGAUUCUGAAAUAUACUCUUUAAGAAACAAACUUGCAGCUGCUGGGAGGGAAUUCAAUGGACUUGGUAGAGAGAUGAGUUUGUUGGAGCAGAAGUCAACUGCUAGCAAAAAUUUCAAUGCUACUGUGGCUGAAGUGCAACACAUGCUUGAGGAACCCUCUGUGCAUCAAAUGUUUCAAGAGUUAGCAGAAACUGCAUCCAAACUGCAAAAAAAAGUGGCAGAAAUGCAUCGUGAGAGGUCCAACAACAUGAAGAUGCCAAGUUUUUCCAGCCAAGAGAAUCACAUGGUUCCUUACAAAGGGCUGCCUGCAAAAAUUGAAGAUAUUCAAGAGAUCGUAAGCAUUCUGAACACUCAGUCAUAGAUUUUCUGAUGUGCCUGUUUGAACCUAACAUAUGCAUCCUAAUGCUUGUUUUAGAUUUUGCAACAUCUCAGAAAGUGAUCUAACGUGUUACUGACUUUUUAUCUCAAGCAGUUACUAUUGUUCCUAGUCGGCAUUAAACUUGAUGAUUAUGAGAAAAUCCCAUUGUAUCAUUUUCUCUCCUAA